GGGCUGCCGCGCUGCCAGGGCUCCCCGCCGGCUUCCCCCAUCCCCGCACGCCGCGCACACCUCCUCCUCCUCCUCCUCCUCCUCCCUCCCUCCCUCCCUCUUUCCCCACCUCCGCCCUCCUCCUGCUGACGUCUGGCUCUGCCCGGCUGAAAACUCCGUGCCGCGGCGGAUGCGGCGGCUCUCGGGAGCGCGGCAGCGGCGGCGGCAGCAGCGAAGAUGGUGGCCGCUCCGUGCGCCCGGCGGCUGGCGCGGCGCUCCCGCUCGGCGCUGGUGGCGGCGCUCACCGUGCUGCUCCUGCAGACCCUCCUCGUCUGGAAUUUCAGCUCCCUCGACGCCGGCGAGGAGCAGCGCGGCGGCACCGCCGGCCGCGAGAAGCGAGACCGCGGCGGAGACCAGCGGGGGCACCCGCAGCGCCGCGGACCCGCCGCCCCGCACGGCAAGGCGAUGAUUGAACCUCCUAGUCCCUACACCAGCUUGGAGACUCAGGAUGGCUAUUUUUCCCACCGACCGAAAGAGAAAAUGCGAACAGACAGCAAUAAUGAAAAUUCAGUCCCCAAGGACUUUGAAAAUAUUGAUAACAGUAACUUUGCUCCCAGGACUCAGAGACAAAAACACCAGUCUGAGCUGGUGAAAAAACCCCUUAGCAAGCAAAAGGAGCACUUGAGAAAGAAACUGGAAGAGGAGAAGAUGAAGGAGAACUUGCUGCUGGGGAAGAACUCCAAUGAGGUGCUGCAAUUCAGUGAUCACCCCGGGAAAAACAGCAGCAGCAGCAACAACAACAAUUUGAAGGAGAUUCACAGGUCUCCCAGACAGCAGCAUUUAAAAAAAAGUGGAAACAGCUCCCCCGAACUGAGAUAUGACCAACCACCAAAGUGUGAGGUAACGGGCAAAGAGGCGAUCUCAGCCAUGUCCCGCUCUAAAUCUAAGCAGUGUCGGCAGGAGAUCGCAGAGGUGUACUGUCAGCACAAGCAUGGAAAGCUGAUGCCGGAGAAGGUGACGCGUUUCUGCACGCUGGAGGGAAAAGCCAACAACAAUGUACAGUGGGAUGAGGACUCCGUAGAAUACAUGCCAGCCAACCCAGUCAGGAUCGCAUUUGUCUUGGUUGUUCAUGGCAGAGCUUCUCGGCAGCUCCAGCGCAUGUUUAAGGCUAUUUACCAUAAAGACCAUUUUUAUUACAUUCAUGUUGACAAGCGAUCCAAUUACUUGCACCGGCAAGUGCUCCAGUUUGCCAACCAGUACCCAAAUGUGAGAGUCACUUCUUGGAGAAUGGCAACUAUCUGGGGAGGAGCAAGUCUUCUGUCCACCUACCUGCAGACCAUGAGGGACUUAAUGGAGAUGAAUGACUGGCCAUGGGAUUUCUUCAUUAACCUCAGUGCUGCCGACUACCCAAUCAGGACAAAUGACCAACUAGUAGCAUUCCUGUCCAGAUACCGUGAUAUGAACUUCCUGAAAUCACACGGGAGGGACAAUGCAAGAUUCAUCAGAAAGCAGGGGCUGGAUCGGCUGUUCCUGGAAUGCGAUACCCACAUGUGGCGCCUGGGGGACCGCAGGAUCCCAGAAGGAAUCGCAGUCGAUGGAGGGUCAGACUGGUUUCUCCUGAACAGGAAGUUUGUGGAGUAUGUCACUUUUUCUAAUGACGAUCUGGUGACAAAGAUGAAGAGGUUUUACUCUUACACGUUGCUUCCUGCUGAGUCCUUCUUUCACACUGUUCUGGAAAAUAGCCCGUACUGUGACUCCAUGGUGGACAACAACUUGCGCAUCACAAACUGGAACCGUAAACUUGGCUGCAAGUGUCAGUACAAGCACAUUGUUGACUGGUGUGGCUGUUCGCCUAAUGACUUCAAACCAGCAGACUUCCACCGAUUCCAGCAGACUGCCAGGCCAACUUUCUUUGCCCGCAAAUUUGAAGCUGUAGUGAAUCAAGAGAUAAUUGGCCAGUUGGACUACUACUUGUACGGCAACUACCCGUCUGGCACACCCGGCCUCCGGUCGUACUGGGAGAAUGUGUACGAUGAGCCUGAUGGCGUGCACACCCUCAGCGACGUCGCCCUCACCAUGUACCAUGCCUUCUCCCGCUUGGGCCUGCGGAGAGCCGAGACAUCCUUCCACGCCACUGGAGACAACAGCUGCCGAUACUACCCCAUGGGCCAUCCAGUUUCCGUCCACCUUUACUUCCUUGCUGACCGUUUCCAAGGCUUCCUAAUCAGACACCACGCGACCAACCUGGCUGUCAGUAAACUAGAAACUUUGGAAACGUGGGUGAUGCCAAAGAAAGUCUUUAAGAUCGCGAGUCCACCAAGCGAUUUUGGAAGGUUGCAGUUCUCGGAGAUUGGGACCGAAUGGGACGCCAAGGAAAGGCUUUUCCGGAAUUUCGGAGGACUCCUCGGGCCGACAGACGAGCCAGUGGGCAUGCAGAAAUGGGGAAAAGGCCCCAACGUCACCGUUACUGUCAUUUGGGUGGAUCCUGUUAAUGUGAUUGCAGCAACGUAUGAUAUUCUGAUCGAAUCCAGUGCCGAAUUUACUCACUACAAACCACCUUUGAAUUUGCCCCUGCGACCCGGUGUCUGGACAAUAAAAAUUCUGCACCACUGGGUACAGGUAGCUGAAACCAAAUUCCUUGUUACUCCUCUCACCUUCUCUAAUCGGCAGCCUAUCAAACAAGAGGAAGCCAUGAAGUAUCACAGCGGGCCUCCAAAGAACGCGUACAUGGAGCAGAGCUUCCAGGGCUUGAACCCCGUCCUGAACAUCCCCAUCAGUGCCGCCCGCGUGGACCAGGCCAAGAGGAACGCGGGGCUCGUGGGCGCCCGGCUGGAAGCCUGGGUGGACUCUCUGGUCGGCAGCGUCUGGUCAGCCGUGGACAUCUGCAGCACCGGCCCCACGGCCUGCCCCGUCAUGCAGGGCUGCGCCCAGACAGCCUGGAGCUCCCUCAGCCCGGACCCCAAAUCUGAGCUGGGCCCCGUCAAACCCGACGGUCGCUUGAGGUAGCACCCGGUACGCUCUCCUCCGGCAUAGGUUUUUAAAAGGGAAUUUAACCUUGCUCGUAUGUGAAUCUCGCACCAGAUUUCAGAAACCUAAGGGAACGUUUUACUUUUUUGUUACUUAUUGCAAUAUAAUUCAUUUAAAAAAAAAAAAAAAAAAAAGAAAAAAAGACAAAAAAGUUCUGACAAGGCCUUUGGCACUGCCCUCUCCAUCAGCUCUGCCAGCAGCAGCCCCCGUAGUGCUGCAGCUCCCAUGUCCCGCGCCCGGCUGUGCCGCACCCGCCGCCUCUGUGGCAUCCGAAACAGCGGCAGCAAGCCGUGGAGAGGGCAGUGAAGGAGCAGCUGCUAGAAGUGUUUUUUAAAAAUAAAUUUGUCUGUACCUCUGCUGUUUCAUAGGCUUUCAUUAUUUUGCUACCAUGAAUAAAUCACAGCAAAAUGCCCUUUCCUGAGGCUUCCUGGGGAGGUCGGUUACUGCAGGCUGGAGCCUGUACGGCCGCGUGACCUCACAGAACGUGAAAUCAUUGUGGUACGCCCUCACUCGUUUGGGUUUUUUUUUAAUAACGCAAAUUAAUUCUGGACUCAGCUAAUGUCUGUUGUUGUCUUAGUUAGAGAAGACGAGCAAAAGCAGAAACUUUCAGAUGAUUUUCAGAGAUUUUUUAGACUAAUUUCAUGAUAAACUCCAAAUGGAACCAGUGUUCUGCUAUGUUAGUCUUUUCUGUCUCCUGCAGUCAGGUUCAGGGUCUGGGUACUAAGACUAUUAGUUUAAAGAACAAAGAAGCGUUUUGGAUUUCAGCCCUUGCAAAUUGGCAGGUUUUUUCCAAACCCACCAGCACCUAAGUGUUUUUGCAGACUUCCAGCACAGCGAGUGUGUAUGCGUAGCUCGGGGUGGGUCGCGAUGUCUCUGCUCACACCCUUUGCUGAUUUUGCUCGUAAGCUGAGCGGAGUUUUCUUCUCAAGCAGCGGAGCUGCGUGGCACCAGUGAAAUGGUAGAAUCGGGACCUAAAUCUGCAACACCGUGUUUCUUCCCUAAUUAGAGUAGCGGCUAGUAAGUCUUAACACUAAUUCCCUCCCUUGACGUGGGAUGUGCCAGCUCUUCGUGAGGAAGGGCCCUCCCAGGCGUGCGCCGGGCGCUGGGCAGGACGGGGGUUCCCGGCUGAGCGUGAAGGAGAGCGGUGCCGUGUUUCUCAGUGCUUUGACUUUAUUCUGCCAACAACCCGUACCCGUGCCGUCCUCACAAGUUCUAGCAGGCUGCGUCCUCUUUUAAGUAGGCAUGUUUUGCAUCAUUUUAAGCUGCAUUUUCUACGGUAGGAAAAAAAUUCAUUUACAUUCCAAGUAGUUUUUAAAAUAUAGGUUUUACAUGCAAAUUCAUCUCCAACUAAUGCAUUUUACAUUAGCAUAAAACAUGCACUUUGUUGUUGUUGCUGUGGUAAUCUCUUGUUAACAACGUAACCCAAAAAGGCUAUUAAAAGCUGUUGGGUUAAUUAGGGGAAAAAUCCUGUUGAUGUAAUAAAGGUACCUGUUUACCCUUCUGUGCGUAUGGCUAACUUUCUGGUGAUGAGAGUUAAGCGUCCGCAUCAGGAGGGAAAUAGAGCCUUAAAUCAUUCCGUAAUCGCAUCUCGCAGAAAGGUUGAAUUCCCUUUUAAACAACAGUUGCAAGAUGACCGUAACACGCAGAUCCCGGUGGCUUGUAGUAUCUCUCUCCAUAGUGUUGGUUUAAAGCUACUUGCAGUUUGCUUUGGACUUGAAUCGCGGUGUCAGCUGUGCUGGCAUUAAGGCAGAGCAUCGAAACGUUUAUCUGGCACAAAAAUGGAUGCAUAGAAGGAACAAUUUAGGUAUUUAUUAUUUAUGUUUUAGUCAAUGACUAAUUAGUAGGUGCUGCUUUUGCAGCUUGAAGAUUAUGUUAUCUUACUAACUGAAGCUGCCUUUAUUAAGAAAAGGCCUUCCUCCCCUCACACCUCCCUUCCUUUUUUUGUCUUGAGUUUGACAGUCCCAAGAGCCGUAGUUUUAGGAGAGCUCGUAGCGAUGAGAGCUGGUUGGAACACUGCAGUCACGACACUGUUCCAGCUUUUCAACCAGCUCUGGAGGCAAGCGUGUUUAAAACCAACGUUGCCAACAGGUUUAUAUAGUAGAAACACAGUGUUAUUACUUAUUCAGUAGGGGUUUUUUUAACAGUGCUUGGUUUUAAUCUAACAUUCCUUCGUGAAGUUCAGAUUUUCUGGGGACCUCCAAUCCUCACUGUGAAAUCCAGGGCUUUAGUCACACUGAUGCAACGGCAGCUGCACGGUUCGAGCCCUGCAGAUUAAAUGAAGAACAUCACAUUUAGGGCACGCAGGAAAAUUCGUUAACGACCCUAGUCAGUGGUUGUUCUCUGUAAGACUACUGGGGUAGUCGCAGAACCUUCAGUCCUUUCCGCACGUAAGCGUAGGUAUCGGGGUGCGCCCACACACGCUCAUGUGCAGAUAACUUGGGGUUUAGAUUUGCUACUUUUCUUAUUCUUAAGCAGGAAUGUUUUUAAGUGCUUUGUUGGUAAGUUUUCAUUAUUAACUAGACCAAACAGAAGGUGGCAACAAUCCCGUCUUUUGUUGUUAGAAGAAAAUCCGCCACUUUUAUCAUUUAAAACGCAAGGUGCAAAUUAUUUUGUUUUAGUACAAAAAAGGGAAGGAAAACAAAUGGUUGCUGAUAUAUCUAGUUACAUAGUAUCCUAGGUUUAAAAUAUCUCGACACAAAAUUUAUAUUAGUUUAUUUUCUGAAUGACAAAAAGCAUCUGCACCAGGAGGGUUUGUAGCAAGCUGGCAAUCCCAGCGCUGCUGUGACAGCAUGCGAUGUAAAACCGAAGAGGCUGGUCCUGCGGUCCUUUCGCAGGCAAAGCUUCCGCGCAGCGCUGAUGCUGAGUAAGGACUUCAGAGUCAAGCCCGGCACAAAUAAAAGGGCGACGGCGUGCUCUGAGUCAAUACUGUCUGUGCUUGACGUCAUCAGAGGACGAGCUGCCCUGUUUGGAACAUCAUCUGGGGGCAGUGUCAAGCUUUGGACCCAAGCGACAAGCUCUGCUAUAGCUAUUAACAUGCAGGCACAGACACGGGAGUUACACCAUAUGGGACGCUGUGUCUGAGUUACAAAGUGCCGUAGUUGUGAGGAAAAACCAUGGAAAGCAAGACUCUGCAUCAGGGAUCAGAGCUCGCUCCAAGCCGACGCUGUGGUAGCGCUGCUGAGACCGACGUCCUGCUUGGUGGCUUUUCUGGUUCUGAAACGGCAGGGCCUGGAGCCCGGGAUGAAUGUUACCUGUUGUUAGAAGAGAAUAACUUCACAGAUCUUACAUUUGGUGAAAAGGAGAAUUCAGAGCAGGGACCCACGGUUCGUACAAAACAGGCGCGUUACGCAUCUUCAUUUGAAUGUGCACGUGUUACUUUCCAGUCACCCUGGCUAGUCCUUCCUGAACAGGACUCCAGCCGAAAGCCAGUUUUGGUCAAAAUCCCUUUCUGUGGGAGAGGGGGGUGUUUCUAAAUGCACGCAUUUGUUCUCCGUGUGCAAUGCUUUGCUCGUUUAAAUUCCCUGCCCGUUCUGCGCCACAGCCGUGUACCACUUCUGCGAUCAAUCGCUGUUACACAGAAAGGGAGUGUGGCAAAACGCAGAGCAUCUGCAUGCGUGAUUUAAUGAAUGAUGUCCAAAGUCAGUCUUAGCAUUACGCAAACCUGUUUAUAUGGUAAUGUUAAACCUUGAGGCUAAUAGAAAUAGCUCAAAUGACAGUUUAUUUUCAGAUUCGUCCAAUUCUUUCUUUGAUGACAUUUGGACAUUGAGUAGUAAUAUUUGUAUUUUCAUUUUCUGAUAUUCAAGGGUUUUUUAGAAUUGAAAUUAUGUCUUUUUUGUGCUCUCGGCAAGCAGAGAAUUUUAACAAUUCCUUCACGAUGGCAAGUGUUAUACAGGGAAGCCCAUCUGUGUCUCUGUUGUUAAGCCUUCGUUAUUGCUGAGCCUAGAGAUACAGGAAUGUGCAUUCGUGUGUUGCAAAUUGACUUUCCUAGGUAUUGGCUUCAGUGCACAACGCAUGUACGGUUGUUUAACGGCAUAUUAACAAUGAUCCGGCAGCACCUUCGAAAGGACCAACUAACGUGUAUUCACCUUCUGUCCAUCUCCUACAGCACUAAUUGCAAUACUAACGAAGUCUCCAUCACUCUUAGCUACGAUUAUAGUGAACAGAGUAGUGAAGUCAGUGAAUCAGAACUGGGAUAUUCUAAACCUGAGCGAAGGGAGGGGUGAAGGGUAAAGAAGAUGCCAAAACUUUGUAAAAGUUUGACACAAUUGUGCUGCAACAAACCUUUGAACAAACUGGGCGCCUUCUGCACAGCAAGGCUGAGAAACGCUGAUGUUGUGAGAUCUCAGCUUUGACUUCCCAGAUAAAAAGAAAACAAGAUCCAGAUUUUUAUUGUGGCCAGGCAACGAGGACCAACUUCCUGUUGAUUUCUGUAGUUCUCUUUCAUCACAGCUGUCAGAGAGCUGCCAGCUUGCCGCCGGCUAUCACACCCUCCUCGUUGUCUUCCCAGAUCCCAAAGCUCCAGGAAUUGGCCACAUGAAACCUUGGCCAAUUCCACCGCUUUCCGUGGAGCAGGAAAUUCUGUACUUGUGUGAGCCAAAUCCCUUAGGCUUCUUCAAAAACCCUAGCUGUGGAUCGGAAAAGUUUGCGUUUCAGAGCAGCCGGCAGUCAGCUCAGUGCUAACACACGUGAAGGAGCUGGUAAAAGUGAUAGCAAUUACCUUUUCCUGAUUUUCAGGCGUGGGUAUUCAAUACAUGGAAUAGUAGGUUUGGUGAUUUCAGCAACGGCGUAAGACCAGCCUGGUAGAAGGUGGCUAGUGGUGUUUCCCACUGGCCUUUGCUUCAGUCUGGUUGUGAAAAGGUGAUGAUCCAGAGGUGCUUUUAUUUCUCCCAUUGAAGGCCUCCAAGACAGUCGUAAGGAUUCGUAGGACAUUACAUGAACCCCAUGUUAAAUGACGACUGAAAACGUCAUGUAAAAAAGCCUUUCCAGACCAAACCCUCAGGCUUCUGCCAAGACAGCUCCAGGGCUGAUGCCCACAGAGAGGGUAGGAGCGAUGGCGGGGACAGGACGCUGCCCGAGCAGGAGUGCCAGGGAGCCGGAGCGCCUGCCUCCAGAGCCCUGCUGCAGCCAGGCACAGAGGAGCCAAACAAACGUUUGGGUUAAGGGCAGCGAGGGAGAAUUUGUAGGGAAAUACCUGGUGUCCUGUAGACUCUUCAAGAGCGAGCCAACGCUCUGGUUCGUAAGUCCCUUCGACGGCGCAGAGUAGAAGAGGCUGGGGCCUUUGCGAACCUCCCCACCACCAUCACAGCAAGGGAAGGGCGAAUCAGGCUGAGAGCGUUUACAGUUGCGGCAACAAGACCUUACAGCCCGUGUCGCCCAGGACCACGGUAGCGUUAGGCUGCUCCAGUUCAGUGUGGCGCUGGCAGCGAUUAACCCUCGUGAUGUGAUACUGCGGGUCCCGUGUUGAUGUUGCUCCUUGAUGCUAUCAGUAGCGUGUAGCUCACUCUCUGCUCUUUGCUUCUGCCUUGGUUACCUUCUUUUGCUCAUGGGUGCUAUCACAGCUGCUACCUCACUGUGUCUGCAAACACGUUUACCUGAUAACAACAAAAAAAGGUACCAGAAAUCUCCUUGAACUGAAUGUACAAUCUAUGCAAAUUCUCUUUCUACUUUGUUAAACCCUAGAAGUAUUACUUGUAACCUUGCCAAAUAAACAGCAAGAUACUGUACAGGUGCCUCUGAUAACAGAGUGACAAUUCUAGGCGCGGUUCAUCGCGCUGCAUUUGUAUAUUGUAAUGACUUGACGUGUCUUUGGUUCUGUUGUAAUUAACACCCUCGACUGAGAAGAUCGCAAUCUCUUGCUAGGGGAGCACCUUCAGUUUGCUGGGAAUAUAUAUUCUGGAGGAGGAUGUCUAUGGCGUUGCAUUUUCUUUUCCUGCUUACAUCCAAAAGAAGGCGCAGACCUGCUGGCCAAGAUCAGGAUGUUGUUUCAGAUUUCCCUUGGGUGAAUCCGAUCAGCUUUGGAUUGCUCGGUGUCUGUUCCCGUUGUGGCACCCAGUGUGUUGCCCCUUAAAGGAAGCCUUACUUUCAUCCUUUCUAAAUGUGGCCUUAAACGGUGUUAGGAAGUUAGGUGGUGUCUGUGUCUUGCUCACUUUUUCCGUUUGUUGUUGAAGGAAUAAAAGGCACCUUGAGAUUUCUAUUACAGCUCUGUUGUGUUGCUGUCAGCUUACACUUCACAAACACAAUAGAAAUUGCUUACAAAUGCAGUCUUUAAGGGAAGAAAAUGACCUUCCCUUUGGGCAAAAGGAAGGCUCAAACGUUCGUAUAAACCGUAGGAAAUUACGAGCUCUGUCUUUUGCAACUCACUGUAGAUAGGGAAGGUUGAUUUAAUUACCUACGAAGUACAAACUUAAUAACUUUUAAUUUAUCUUCAGACUGUAACAGGACAGACUGUUCUCAGAUGCACAAGACAAAUUCUGGAGUAAUUUCAUUCAUUUUGACAUGGCGUAGUAGCAUUCCUUUCAGAUUUGUACUGGUAGCCAGGAGAAGAUACAUCCUCUUAAUGGUAUGGUCUUACAACCUGAAGAACUUCACCGCCUGGGGCCAGAUUCUGAGUGAUGUUUGGGAAUCUAACGGUACAUUUAGGAGACAGAGGAGUCUGGCUCUAUCAUCAAAGUCAUAAAUGCAUUUCCAAAAAUCUGGCUUUUGGAGCUUCACCCAAAGGUUGUCAAAGUCAGCAGAAACCAAGGACUUCUGCUACGGCUUGGAUCUCUUGGGUUUCUUUAAUACUUUUCUCCAUGGAGAACUGUUGCGUUUCAGUAGCACCAAUAUUCCCGGCAGGCUGCAGUGCUUUUAGGAGUCCCACAUCCUAUCCUGUUUUGGUAUUCAGAGGCGGAUACAACCCACAGGCAACUGGGUUUACUUAGAAAACAAGAUUUGUGAAACAAAAAAAAAAAUUAAUUCGAGUUAAUGAAAUGGUUUUUCUGACUUUGUCAUUUUGGUUUUGGGUUGGGUUGAUUGGAUUUUUCUAUUGCCUAACGUAGUCCAUAAUAAGUUAUUCCUAUUCUGUCAUUUUCAAAGACUGGUGGUAAUAUAGUUUUAAGAAAUAACUAUUUUGUUAUAGAUCAUUAUAUGCAUAAAACUGUACAGAAAUAUUUUGUAAGCUAUUGAAUAAGAAAAAAGAAAACCAUGUAUAUACAGCAAAGUUUAAAAAAAAAUUGGAAAUUCAAAUGGAACACACUGAAAGAUGUAGAUAUUUUGCUAUUUAUUUAAAGGAGUAUUUUAUGAGAUAUUGAAAUGUCUUAAAUUGACCGGUAAUCAAAGUUCAAAGUCAGAAUGCUUUUCUUGUAGUAGAAUGUGAUUUUCAGCAAUUAUUGCACUACCCGUUUUUGCACCCUUUUGUCUUUCAUUUAGCAGAAAACAAUGUGCCUUAGCUGUAUUCUUUGUCAAUGGGAGUUUGGUUUUUUGUCCGACAAAGCAAAUUUUUUUGCAGAAAAAGAAAUGGAUGUAUUAAAUACUGUAUUAUACCAAAAACACUGCAGUUGUAUAUAAAUGCUUUCUGUCAUACUGUGUUUUCAGAUGCAGAAUUUUAAAAUAAAAAAAAAAAAGGCUGUCUUUAGGAAUAGAUGUGCACCUCGUAUUGUUUUCAACCCCACUAACGUAAGUCUUUAUUUCAAAGAACUGUGCU